AUGGACAGAACUUGGAUUCGGAUGCUUUCAGUGAAAGUGAAUAUAGUUUUUCUGGCAACUUGCUCAGCCAUGAUAACUGUGACCUUUGCCCAGCAUGAUCAACCAUUGGAUCAUUCAUGGAAUCCCCUGACAAACCAACAACACAUUGACAAUGCUGGACAGCAUCAAGUUGAUCAGAGACUAAAUCAGGACCAAAAAUGGCUGAAUCCUGAGCUUCAAGAAAGGUUGGAUGCAUCUGCCAGAAAUCCUCAGGAUCCAUCCCUCCUGGCACAACAAGGAUGGGGCAACCAUUUUGAUGCAAGAAGAAAUCAUUUUUCUGGUGGAAAUGUGUACCUCAACAGAGACUUCAAGCAAUACUUGGGCCCCAAUGGGGUUCCUGUUGGGGAAUAUGCCUAUGAUUAUGUCAAUCUUGACCAUCAGGAUCCAGUCCCAGAGCCCUUCAAUGAGGACAAUGAGCAGUGGGAGCCUUCUUCCAUUCAAGCCAUGAUAACUGUGACCUUUGCCCAGCAUGAUCAACCAUUGGAUCAUUCAUGGAAUCCCCUGACAAACCAACAACGCAUUGACAAUGUUGGACAGCAUCAAGUUGAUCAAAUACUAAAUCAGGACCAAAAAUGGCUGAAUCCUGAGCUUCAAGAAAGGUUGGAUGCAUCUGCCAGAAAUCCUCAGUAUCCAUCCCUCCUGGCACAACAAGGAUGGGGCAACCAUUUUGAUGCAAGAAGGAAUCAUUUUUCUGGUGGAAAUGUGUACCUCAACAGAGACUUCAAGCAAUACUUGGGCCCCAAUGGGGUUCCUGUUGGGGAAUUUGCCUAUGAUUAUGUCAAUCUUGACCAUCAGGAUCCAGUCCCAGAGCCCUUCAAUGAGGACAAUGAGCAGUGGGAGCCUUCUUCCAUUCAAGAAUUGGAUGGCAAAGGAAGAUCUGAAGUCAUAUCCCAUGAUGAUGCGGAUCCCAGCGACAAGGUGACCAGUUCUUUGCAAUAA